AUGGAGUUCAUGCCCAAGCGCGCGUGGAAAGAAUGGGACUACAACGGCGCGAUGAAGAAGGGUAAGGUCUCGAGAGCGGGGACGUUCGAGAACGAGCAAGGCCUAUCCAUAGCUUUUUACUCGUGGGAAGUGCCUAAUCCGACGGGGGUGGUGAUCUUCAGCCACGGGCACGGCGUGCACGCGACGUUCGAGCUCUUGACCAGCGUAAAAUCCCCGGGGAUACGGACGUCGUACAAUGGGACGUGGGUGAAAUCUUUCAACGACGCCGGGUUUAGCGUUUUCGCGCUGGACCAUCAAGGCUGCGGCCGCUCGGAUUACGCGCGAGGGAAGCGGUCGUUCUUCGAAAGAAUAGACCACUUGGUGAACGAUUUCUCGAGAUUCGUGAGGCUCGUAAGAGACGAGGUCGGACCCGAGUUGCCGACUUUUUUGUUAGGCAUGAGCAUGGGCGGUUACGUCGUCGUGAACGCGGCCAUCAACGACGAGACGAUCGCUGAUGGUGUGGCGCUGCUCGCGCCGAUGUUGUCGCUGAACAAACUCGCGUCCAAAGGAAUAAAUCGGGUCUUGCUCCCGCUGUUGACGGUAAUAUCCAGGUUCUUACCUACCCUGCCCAUGGCGGAGACCGCGAGAAACACGAAAUUUCCUCACUCGCAGAGAGAGGUCGAGAUGGACUCGCUGACGUGGCCGUCGGGGGUGAAACGCACGCGCGCGCGAGUGGCCGCCGAGUACUAUCUGGGGACGCAACGCAUACAGAAGCGCUUGCACGAGAUGAACGUUCCGUUCAUCGUGUUUCACGGAAGAGACGAUCCGAUGACGGACCCGGAGAGUUCGGAAAUGCUCUACCAGCGAGCGGCGUCGAGUGAUAAGUCGCUGCAGUGGGUGGACAAUGUGUUUCACGAUUUGAUGCACGAGAAACCGACGUCCGCGAGGGUGUGUGCGGCGAUCACGGACUGGUUUCUCACCCGCAGCGAUAGGACGAAACCUAAGGCGAAGUCGAGUGCUCGCGGCGACGCGAAAUAG